AAUCAUACCAUAAAUGCACCGGCAAAAUCGUAGAAGUUUCGACUGAAAAUGCUGCCUUUGUCCCUGUUGCGGACUGCUGUAAACCAUCCUAUGUUGGUGGAGUUAAAGAAUGGAGAAACAUACAAUGGACAUUUAGUCAGCUGUGAUAACUGGAUGAACAUCAAUCUCAGAGAAGUUAUUUGUACCUCCAGGGAUGGUGAUAGAUUUUGGAGAAUGCCAGAAUGUUAUAUAAGGGGAAGUACAAUUAAAUACCUCAGAAUACCUGAUGAGGUCAUUGACAUGGUAAAGGAAGAGGUCAUACAAAAAUCUAAAGGUCGUGGUGAAGGAAGAGGUGGAAGAGGAGGUCCACAAAGGGGAAGAGGAGGAAGAGGUGCUUUUGGUAGCCGAGGUGGAGGCAGAGGAGGAGGAGGAGGAGGUGGUGGACGAGGGGGAGGCCAACAACGACCAGGCAAAGGAAGAGGAGAAUCAUAGUGUCUAUCUUUGUUGUGUUGUACUGUAUGAAUCCAUAGUGUAUGUUUGAGCUGAUCAGUAAAUUCUGUAUGGAUCAUUGAUGUGUUACUUAGAUCUGAUCUGUUGAUUGAAUGAAGGAGUAACUGAGUGUGGAUAUGACAGAUGCUACAAUAAAACUUAAAACUUCACAUCAUUAAAUCUUAAUCAUGAUUGUUAUUGUACUUACAUUCCUUUAAUUUUGAGAGAUAUUUUUACUCCCUUAGAAAUUUGUAGUUCACUUAAUCACUUUAGUUUGAGAAUACAAGGUGUGUUGACAUCAACAAGUAUUUUCACUUUCAGAGUCAUACAUCAGGUGCCAUAAGAGAUAGGAUCAAAGAAUUUUGCUAUUUUUCUAUGUCCUUAGAUGAAGUUCCAUUCUAUAACAAACAUAGAUCAAAACGUUAAAAUGAAGUUUUACAUCAAUGCAUUUUAGGUCCACCACUUGAUACAUCUCAUAAGACCUUUUGUUAAAGUUUACACCAACAUUUAUAUCUUGGAUUCUGAUCAUUGUGGGAUUAUGGAAAUGUGUGGUUAUAAUUUUUUACUACAAAAAUAGACCAUCUGAUGUUGAAUAAGUGGAGAGAGAUGCUUUGCAUAGUCAAUGAGAUAAACCCAACAACAAUUUAUCUUUAUUUCAUCUUGCCUUUUCAUCACUUGUCAUUUAACAGCAUUGUUGUAAAUAUUUGCAAUAUCUUCUCCGCUGAAAUCAGUGCAAAUUUCAACCAAACUAGGACUGAAAAAUCCUGUGUUUGGAUAUGAUUCAAUAUUUUAAUAGGGUAUAGAAAUAUGUAAAUCCUUGUCUUCUAAACUCCAACAGUAAAACCUGUGCUCAAAAGGGUAUCCAUUUGGUUGUGCAGAAUGUAUAGAUACACAUGCCAUGCAUAAUCAAAAUUGGGACGUUAAAUCCAAUGCUAAGUGUUUGAAGAAUGCCAUGUUCUCUGCAUAUUAAGAACCCUUAUAACUACCAGCAUUUUUGCUUUUUAUUUGAAAUAUAUACUAAUUAGUUCGAGAGAAACUGUAACAACAAAACUGAUCAGCAAAUCAAGAUCUUCAAAUAGGUCAACAUGAUAAAAAUUGUUAAUAGACCCUUAAAUGUCAAAUUUUACCCAUUUUUAUACGACCACAAAAAAAAAUUUUGUGGUCGUAUAUUGGUAUGACGUUGGCGUCGACGUCGUCAUCGUCGUCCGAAGACACAUUGGUUUUCACACUCUAACUUAAGUUUAAGUGAAUGGAUCUCUAUGAAAUUUUACCAUAAGGUUCGAUAUCACAAAAGGAAGGUGGGAUUGAUUUUGGGGGUUAUGGUACCAACAGUUAAGGAAAAAGCGGCCAAAAAUAAGCAUUUUUAUAACUUCCAGACAUAACUUGUGUGUUAGUGUAUGAAUCUCUCUGACAUUGUACCACAAGGUUCCAUAUCACAAAGGGAAUGCUGGGAUUGAUUUUGGGGGUAAUUGCCUCCAAAUUGUAGGAAUUAGGGGCCAUAAAGGGGCAAAAAACAAGCAUUUUUCUAGUUUCAUGACAAUAACUUGUGUGUAAGUGUAUGGAUCUUUAUGAAAUUGUACUACAAGGUUCCAUAUCACAAAGGGAAAGCUGGAAUUGAGUUUGGGGGUAAUUGCCUUAAACGUUUAGGAAAAAGGGGCCAAAAAUAAGCAUUUUUCUAGUUUCCAGACAAUAACUUGUGUUCAAGUGUAUGGAUCUCUCUGAAAUUGUACUGCAAGGUACCAUACCACAAAGGGAAGGCUGGGAUUGAUUUUGGGGACAAUUCCUUCAAAAUUUGAGGAAUUAGGGGCCAUAAAGGGGCAAAAAAACAAGCAUUUUUUUAGUUUCAGGACAAUAACUUGUGUGUAAGUGUAUGGAUCUUUAUGAAAUUGUACUGCAAGGUUCCAUAUCACAAAGGGAAAGCUGGGUUUGAGUUUGGAAGUAAUUGCCCUAAACGUUUAGGAAUUUGGGACCAAAAAGGGGCAAAAAAACAAGCAUUUUUCUAGUUUCCAGACAAUAACUUGUGUUCAAGUGUAUGGAUCUCUCUGAAAUUGUACUGCAAGGUACCAUACCACAAAGGGAAGGCUGGGAUUGAGUUUGGGGGUGAUGAAUCAUAUAGGGGGUUAAAAAAAUUGGGGGGGGGGAUUUUUUUUUUCCUUUUUUUUUCUUUUAUAUUUUCCAUUUUAAAUUGGUUAUUUCUGAUUUAUAUAUAAAAGGAAAUAAUAAUGAUAUGGUUUGAAUAGGUAAAUUAAAAAAUUUUAAGUUCUUAGACCACAUUCAUUCUGUGUCAGAAACCUAUGCUGUGUCAAAUAUUUAAUUACAAUCCAAAUUCAGUGCUGUAUCAAGCUUGAAUGUUGUGUCCAUACUUGCACCAACUGUUCAGGGUUCGACCUCUGUGGUCGUAUCAAGCUGCGCCCCAGGGGAGCAUUUAAUUGCUUUUUGGGUGGCUUUUAUCUUGAAAUCUUUUAUAGAUCAAGAUAAUUCUAUUUAGCAAAAUGAUCAGCAAGAUAAGAUCUACAAACAAUUCAUAUAAUCAAAAUUGGCAAUGAGGGUUUUGAUUGGUUUUACAGAAUAGAGAAUGAUGGGGCAAAAAAAUUAAGGAUUGAGAAUUAUUGCAAGAUGGAAAUGAAGACAUCCAACCAUUGAGUUUAAAGAACUUUUCAGACUAAUAUAAGAGUUCUUUAAUAAUGAUUGUAAUCCAAUGUGAAUAUUUUUGUCUAUUAACUAUAAUGGGUUAAGGAAACUGUAAGCAUAAAAAAUUAUCAAUAAUAUAAAAUCAGAAACAAUGGGAUUGCAAAAAGGGUAAACUUGGAAACAAACCACAUUGUGUCCUUGUGUAUAAAAACAUGUUUGUCCAACAUAACAAGUCAACACGAUUAAACAGAAUUAUUUAAAAUUGUACAUUUUAAUAUGUAAAUACUUUUUGAUGAAAUAAACAGCAAGCUGCAUAAUUUGAUAUUAUGUGAGUAGGAA